CCUUGCCGGGCUGUCGCACCCGGUGCGGGCUGACAGCGCAGAGCGCGGUGGUGCUGUUCAUCAGGCGUCACUCUCCAGCGGCAGAGGAUUGCCCGUCCGUCAGUGCCAGACAGGCUCACGAUGCGGAUGUCGGUGACGGCGUGCGCGCUGGCGGCGCUCCUGGCGCUGAGCUGCGCGCCCCAGGCCAGCCAGGCCGCCUACUGGGGCGACGACCGGACGCCGCUCACGAGGGCCACCAUGCCCCGCGGACACGUGGAAAGCCCGCCCGGCGAGGGGCCGGCGGCCGAAGCGCUGGAGAGGCUCACCUACAGGGACUACAGCAGCGCCCCGGCCAUCCGCACCCCUGCUGAGAAUGGAUACAAGAUCGUGUGCUACUAUGGCGCGUGGGCCAUCUACCGGGCGGAGCCGAUGAGCUUCCGCCCGUCCGACGUGCAGGAGCAGGGCUGCACGCACCUCAUCUACUCGUUCGCCGGCCUGCACAACAAGACGCUGGAGAUUGUCAGCCUGGACCCCAAGCUCGACAUUGAGAAGGGUGGUUAUGCCGAGGCGAUCGCUCUGAAGCAGAAGAACCCCCAGCUGAAGGUGAUGAUCGCAAUCGGGGGAUGGAACGAGGGCGGCAAGAAGUACUCUGACAUGGCCAGCACAGCCGCCAGCCGCACGCACUUCGUCCGGUCGGCCACCGCCUUCCUCAUGGAGCACAAGUUCGAUGGACUGGACCUGGACUGGGAGUACCCUGGUGAGUUCGGCUGGCGCGCGGCGCCUCGGACCGCAACGGCUACGUGGAGUGACAAGGAGAACUUCGCGCUGCUAGUGGAGGAGCUAUACGCGGCGUUCCAGCCGCACGGCCUGCUCCUCUCGGCGGCCGUCUCGCCGGCCGGCUUCCGCGUCAACGAGGGCUAUCACGUGCCGCGCCUCUCCGCCAAGCUGGACUUCAUCAACGUGAUGACGUACGACCUGCGUGGCCCCUGGGAGAACUUCGCCGACCAUCACUCGCCACUGCACCGCCGCGAGAGCGACAAGUGGAGCUUUGCCAAGCUGAACACGGCGCCCGACACGACGCCUGGAGCCGCCUCGACCGGCGCCGGCCCGCCGGCCAUGUACACCAAGGAGAAAGGCUACUGGGCUUACUUCGAGGUGUGCAAGACGCUGGCGCAGGAGCCGGGCUGGACGAUCAAGAAGGACGGCGCUGGCGGACCUUAUGCCUACAAGGACAAAGCCUGGGUCGGCUACGAUGAUUACUCAUACGUCUCCAAAAAGAUGGACCUGGUGAAGGAGCUGGGACUGGGCGGCGCCUUCGUCUGGGCGAUCGACCUGGACGACUUCCAGGGCGUGUGCGGCGGCAAGUGGCCCCUGCUCCGCGCUAUCAAUGAGAAGCUCAGCACCGACGGCAUGAUGACCAUGAAGCCCAUGACGACCAUGAAGCCCAUGACGACCAUGAAGCCGGACACCAUGAAGCCGGACACCAUGCCUGGGACAAUGACCACGAUCGAGUCCAUGACCACCAUGAAACCUAUGGCGACCGAGAAGCCUUCCACCAUGAUGGAGAAGCCGACCACGACGUCCUCCCCAUCGACCGGCGCGACGUCGCUGCCGUCGAGCCAGGACGAGUUUAGCUGCCCUGCGGACGGCUUCUUCCGCGAUCCGCACAACUGCAAGGUCUACUACCACUGCUCCAACGGCAUGGGCCACAAGUCGGUCUGCAACGACGGCCUGGUGUUCGACAGCGAGAAGAACGUCUGCAACUGGGCGGACCAAGUGUCGGAUUGCCCGAGCGGCGCCGGCAUGGUCGAAGAGGAAGGACUCGACGGGCGCGAGCCGCCCACGUUCCAGUGCCCCCGCUCUGGCAGCGGGCUCUUCUCCAGCCCGGACGACUGCAGCAUGUACGUGUGGUGCAACCAAGGCCGCACGCACCAGCUCACCUGCGGGCCGCACAUGCACUUCGACACGCGCUCGGGCACCUGCAACUACCCCAACAGGGUGCAGUGCCAGCGCGGCGUGGCCACGCGCGUGGCCGGCAUUGGUGAUGACCUGGGCCCGGACAUGGUCGCCACUCGAGCCUCGCAAGACAACAAGGUGGUCUGCUACUUCACCAACUGGGCGUGGCGGCGCGAGGGCGGCUCGGCCUUCGCCCCAGAGAACAUCGACCCGACGCUCUGCUCGCACGUCAUCUACGAGUACGCCGUGCUUGACCCGAACGAGCUCACGCUCGUCUCAUUCGACGAGUGGACGGACUUUGACAACAGUGAGUGA